CCAGGGUUUUUAUCACAACUUAUAUGGUACUAUCAUCACCAUCACCAUCGCCAUCCACGAACAUGGACGCCAGGAACCGGACCCCGAUUCAGUUCUACAACUGCCGCGGAGUUGCCUGGAGCUCUGGAUCAUAUUAAGACUUUGACUGAAGAGUAUGGAAUUCAUGUGUCAAUGGGCCACAGCGCUGCCACCUCUGAGGUCGGGAAGAAAGGCAUGGAAGCUAUCACCAACCAAAGCGUUAUUGAAACAAUUAUAGGUUUAAUAUUGGAGCGCAAGCCGCCAUACUUCAGUCUCAUCGCAGACCAAAUCCAUCUCCACCCGAGGGUGGUUGUUAUGGCUUACCGUUCUUCUCCUAGCCAUUGUAUACUCAUCAUUGAUAGUAUCGAAUUGUCUGGUCUUCCGGAUAGUAUUUAUCCAGGCCACGCUCAGGUCCCGUUCAACCAAGUCAAGGUAGGAAACAAAGUGACCAUCGAGGGGACUGAGACCCUGAUUGGGACAUGCAUCGGCCUGGAUGAAUGUGGGAGGAACCUGAUGGAGUGGGCUGGUAUCGAGUUGCAGGAUGCCGUAAUGUGUGUUACUGAGAAUGUGGCCGACGCUAUGGGACUGGAAGAUCGUGGCAAAUUGGAGGUUGGAAAGAGAGGCGACUUCGUUAUUCUCGAGGAUGAUGGAACUGUCAAGGAGACUUGA